GUGCGGUUCAACGCAAUUGAGUGCAGAACAAAGCUGUGAGUUUAGAACCGAAUAAAAAUACGAUUUUCUUCCUAACACACGGAUUUAUCGUGUCACAAAAAUAAUCAAAAGCAUUCAAAGAUAUUGUAGCACCACAAAAAUUCUGGUGAAUUGUCAGUAGAAUAUCCUACAAAAGUAAAAACUGAUUCGAAGGUAGCCCGAACAUCGUACAAUAUACGUGUAGUUUUCUUGUUUAUUAAUCAUUUCAAAAUUUUGCAUUUAAGCUGAAAAAUGCAUAAAAUAAUAGUGACUAAAGCUACCAACAUAAUUAUGCUUUAUUUGGACAUUGAAAUUGAAAUUUGUCUUUGCUUUAUAGAACAUACAAUUGUCACUCAUUUGCACAUUUAGCUUAUCAUUGAAACCCUUUAUCGAACACACACCACUACACUAGCGAAAAUAGAUGAAAAAUAAGAAUAUAACUUGUGCUCAUGUUUAAGACCAUGGUGUGAUAUUUUUGUGGAUUUUUUCUAUGUGAUUUAUAGGUAUUUCACCACACCCAGUGUCGCAUAACCUCAAAUCAAAGGUAUUUCGCAAUUUAUCGACUCAUUUUCAUCAGGCACAUUGCAGGGCAAGAAGGCCUCAACAGAAUAACGAUUUUGAGCAGAAUCCAUUGAAUUCACAAUGUCGAUCGGCAAGUAUAACAGCAAGUCUCUGUCUUCAGCUGGCAAAAAGUUGUACCUGGAAGACGAUACAGCCGAUGUACACUUUCUGUUUGAAUCCAAAAAUGCUAAGCCCGAACGUGUGCCGGCGCACAAAAUCCUGCUGACGGCUGUGAGCGAAGCUUUUCGCGCGAUGUUCAGUGGAACAUGGAAAGAGAAGAAUGAAGUUCCCAUCGUUGACGCUACAGCCGCCGGUUUCAAGGAGUUUCUACAGUUCUUCUACCUGGACGAAAUCAGAUUGACUGCCGAAAACAUCGGAGAGGUCAUCAAUUUGGGGAAAAUGUACCUCGUGACCGAAUGUGUAAAGGUUUGUGACCUAUUUUUGCAAGACAAUCUGACGGUCGAAAACGUUUGCAUGGUAUACGGAACCGCAACACUUUUUGAUAUUGACGAAUUGAAACGUCUGUGUGAGGCCAGCAUCAGUAUCAACGCUACGGCAGUGCUCAAGUCACCUGGCUUCUUGAAAUGUGACCAGAAAACCAUUGGCCGCAUAUUGAAAUUGGAUACACUGUCAUGUCCUGAGGCUGAAGUCUUCGAUGCGAGCAUGGCGUGGGUCAAAGCAGCCAGUAAAAAAGACACAUUGACCAAGGAAGCGGUUCAAGCUCAUCUCGGCGACUCAUUCUACGACAUUCGCUUUGGUUCCAUGAAAAUGGAGGAGUUCGCCGCUAUUUUUGAUUCGUAUUCGAUGACAUCCGUUUUCACGGCUGACGAACACAAGGACAUUGUGCAAAUGAUCACCACUGACACACACAAACCCAAGUUCUUCAACGAAAAUCGACGUCAAGACGCACAGACUCAGACGUUUGAGUGCUCACGAGAAACUGAUGACGUUGAUGAAGAACAACCAUAUCAUAUCAAGGAACAUGAAGUCACAACAUUUUCAACCAACGAACAUUUGCUGCUGAAAGCCAUCGUUUGCACUGGAAUUCAAUAUUUCAGAAAAUACAAAUGGAUUGAAGAGUUAUAUGAAGAUUGGAAAAGCCAUCUGACGAUCAUGGAAAUCCGUGAAGUUGAUGGCGAGGAAGUUUCACACAUUCUUCACGAUGAUAAAGACUUCAAAUUCAAAGGUAAAGGAAACGGCCGCAUUCAAUUGCCCAAACCGAUCAUCAUUCGUCGCGGAUUUAAGUAUCAAAUCAUAUUUGAGCAAGAGACUGAUUGCGGUUACCCGAUAUGUACUAGCUUUGAAUACGUAUCUGACGAGGUGAACAUUGAACCAGGAAUUGUCAUCAAAUUUCAUAAUGACGAAAAGGAACAUCGUUAUCGCUAUGCUGAAAAUGAUCGCAUGAAAGGUGGUGUUAUUCGUUCACUCGAAUUCAGUCAAAUUUGAAUUCGUUGCGAGCAUUCUGCCACAAUUUCAUUUUUUCUACACAAAAUUUUCAUUUUUCAACCGAAUUUCCAUUGAUAAUAUUUCUAUGAUUUAGGUUGUAAUGCAAU